AUGAAACUCAAAGAAAUUCACAGGACAGCGACGUUCGCCUGGUCGCCGUUGCCCGAGGUCCCUCUGCUGGUCUCUGGGACUGUUGCUGGUGCACUCGACGAGUCCUUCAGCAAUGACAGCCAGCUUGAGAUAUGGGCUCCGGACUUUAUGGACAAGGAGGAAUAUGAUCUAGGCGGUAUUGCUCAGAAUGGGCCAAAGGCAUUCAUUUCAACCACGUCAAGGUUUAAUCGACUCGCCUGGGGUUUGCCCAAUACCGGUCGUGCCAAAGGUGUCAUAGCUGCUGGCAUGGAGAAUGGCGAGCUGGGCUUGUGGGACCCGGAAAAAAUACUUGGAACAUCUGAUGCCGGAGAGUCCCUCAUCCUGCGCAACACCACUCAUCAAGGAUCAGUACGCGGACUCGACUUUAAUCCUAUCCAGACCAAUUUGCUUUCGUCUGGGGCCACAAAUGGGGAAAUUUAUAUAUGGGACUUGAAAGAUCCGAGUAAGCCGUAUUCACCAGGCACUCGAUCCUCAAAGCUCGAUGAGAUCACGUCUUUGGCAUGGAACAGACAAGUCCAAUAUGUCCUCGCAUCAUCUAGCAGCACAGGCUACACGGUUGUGUGGGAUCUGAGGAACAAACGCGAGGUUGUAGCUCUUGCAUACGGUGGUGCUACACAAGGACUCAACAUCAUGGGAGCCGCAGGCAGAAAGGGUAUGAGUGACGUCGCAUGGCAUCCCGAUAAUGCGACCAGGCUGGUGACUUCAUCAGAGGACGACGCAUCUCCAGUUGUCAUGGUCUGGGACUUGAGAAAUGCGCGUGCUCCGGAAAAAAUACUGACGGGUCAUGAGAGAGGAAUCUUGUCCCUCUCUUGGUGCAGAGAAGACGCUGAUCUGCUACUGUCCUGUGGUAAAGACAACCGUGCCCUGUGCUGGAAUCCGCAAACAGCUGAGGUCAUCGGUGAACUUCCAUACGCCGAUAAUUGGGCUUUCCAGGUCCAGUGGUGUCCUCGAAACCCUGAUCUUUCAGCAACCGCUUACUUCGAUGGAACUAUUGGUAUUCACUCGAUUCAGACGACGAAUGAUUCUGCGGAUUCGCAAGCACCCGUCCCAACACCUAAGGCAGAUGGGUCUGACGUUUUUGACGUUCCGGGCUUUUCUCGCACGACACAACCAACCUUGUCUUUGAAGCAGCCACCGAAGUGGCUGCGUCGGCCAGUAUCGAGCUCCUUUGGUUAUGGUGGUAAACUGGUGUCUGUAUCAAACCUUCCAUCGGCUCAGGGCAAACAUCAAAGCGGUGUUGUGCAUCUACGAAAAGUUGUUACUGAGCCGGACAUUAUUGCUCGCGUCAAGGAGCUUAAGGGAGCCGCAGAUGGGCAAGACCUCAGUGAAUUUGCUCAGAAGAAAGCCGCCGAUGCAGAGGCACGGAAGGUCCACGAUACUGCAAGUUGGAAGGCUCUCACGAGUUUAUUCAAGACAGAUUCAAGGGAAGAGCUUGUUACCUUACUAGGGUUUUCCAAGGCAGACAUUGCUGCUAGGGUCGCUGAGGCAGUCGAGAGAAUCAAAACGACAGCUACGCCGACUCAAGCACCUACGGAGGAGUUGGAUCACGAGCAUACAAAGCCUCAUGAGCCAGUCGUAUCAUUUGCCGAGCCUGAACCAGAGCCUGAACCUGAACAGGAGCCAGAGCACACACCGUCUGAACAGAGCACGAGUGCGACAUCGGAUCACACAGAUGUUGCUGGUGCUGUUGAUGGGGAAUCGACCACGACGGCUCCGUCGCUAUUCGGCGAUGACAUUGGAACUCCUCAAACAGAUGCCGAAGCAGAUUUCUUCAGUACGAUGGGUACCAUCCGUAGUGCUGUCCCUGAGCGUGUCCAGAUUCCACACACCAACUACGCCCAAGACUCGUCUGUUGCUGCGACUGUCGGUUCUCGUCCGUCUUCUGCUGCAUCCGAGACUUUGAAGAACAACACAUUCCACAUUUAUCCUUCUGAAGAGUCCGAAAUAGACAGGCUUAUCACCAAGUCGCUGGUAAUGGGUGAUUUUGAAUCAGCAGUGACGCUCUGCCUGUCAGCGGAGCGCUUUGCAGAUGCAAUUCUUUUGGCUGUAAAGGGUGGUCCUGAGCUUCUUCAGCGCACUCAACAAAUAUAUUUUGAGAAGCGUACGAUUAAUCUGCCAUACCUCCGUUUGUUCCAAUCGAUUGUCACAGAGGACUUGGACGACAUUGUCCAGAAUGCUGAUCUGCAGGAAUGGCGAGAAAUCUUCGUUGUGCUUUGUACCUUCGCAAAACCCGACGAGUUCGCGAACCUCGCGGAACAGCUCGGCCAGCGUCUCGAGUUCCACGCAAACAUCCUUAAAAAUGCAGGAUCAGCAUCUGCGGAUGAACUCAGGAAGAACGCUACUCUGACAUAUCUCGCCGCAGGCCGGCUUGAGAAAGUAGUAAACAUCUGGAUUGAAGAAAUGGCCGAGGAAGAAAACUACCUUUUGGCUGGCGCCGACGAGAGGAGCAGCUCACGCUAUUCUGCACACGCGCAUGCAUUGCAGACCUUCAUGGAAAAAGUCACAAUAUUCCGUAAUGCUACGAGCUAUUCAGAUGCAGACUUGAAGGUGGUGCCAGAUCCUGCAGCGGCUUACAAGUUGACGGCACUCUAUGAACGGUACUACGAAUACGCUGAUUUACUGGCAACGCAGGGUCUAUUGGAGGAAGCGAUCAGCUUCUUAAAACUUAUUCCUUCAGACUAUCAGAGCACAAGCGGUACGGGUCUUGAUUUCAAGAUGGCGCGUGAGCGCAUUCUUGCCGGUUCUGAGCAUAGAAAGAAAGUUGCCGCUCGAACUCAGGCACUACCAUCGACUGCAGCAGCUACAUUACCAUCGCAGCCUGGCCCAUAUGGGUACCAGCAGUCGUCAUACGCAGCGCAACCAGUUCCCGCAAUUUCUUCAUCCACGAGUAGGGGUCCGACAUAUGCACCAUAUAAUAUAAACGGAUCAGCAGUGCCAACCCAAGUAAACAAUCCUUAUGCUCCUCCGGCUGCGACAGCCCCAAUGCAGACUACCUACCAGCCUUCGGUGCCAGUGCAACAGUUCCAAAGCGCAUAUGCUCCAUCACAACUGUCUGCCCCGUCCGCACCUGUUUCGACCGCGCCUCCUCCUAGUGGCCCACCGCCGCCUCCAAAGAAACGAGAUAAUUCUGGAUGGAACGAUGCACCAAUUCUAGAUCGUCGGACACCAGUUUCAAAUGUGCCGGGAGGAAAGGCGCAAGCAAUUACUUCACCCUUCCCGAAUGCCACUCCACCUCAGUCUGUACCUGGUUCACCCGCCAUGCAUGGUCCUCCGCAGGGACUCCCACCUCCACCACGACCGGGAAGUGUCAAUAGAGGCCAAUCACAAGUUAUGCCUGGUCCACCACCUCCAGGUCAACGACCUCCUGGACCUCAUGGCGGUCAUAUCCCUCCCCCAGGCAGGACCUUCUCACCACCACAGCAGGUCCCUUCUAUUCCAGGUCAUAUUCCAGGUCAACAGGCAGGUCCUCCACCACCUCGAGGUCCGCCUCAGUUUGCACCCCCUGGCCGUGUGCUCUCGCCACCGCAGGCGCAAGUGCAACCGAGCCAUGAAUCUACACAAUCGCCUUAUGCCCCUCCAGUGCCUCGUGGGCCUUCAGGACCUCCAGCUGGCCCGCCUGCUGUAACGAAACCAUAUGCCCGAGACACUCCUCCUCCUGGUUGGUCCGGUCCUAAUGUGCCAGUCCCUCAGCAAACAGGUGCACAACAACAAGAACAACCUACUGGACCAUACGCACCACCACCUUCGUUGGCAAGACAGACUUUACCUCCUGGUGGUGCGGCUCCGGCACCGCAGCUUUCAACUGCACCUCCUCCACAAGGGCCCCCGAGUAGCUCGGCAGGACCGCCUCGUACCCCGGCUGCGAAGCCCGGACCGCCGCAACCCAAAUACCCUCCUGGUGAUCGUUCGCAUAUUCCGGAGUCGUCGAGACGCUCGUACGAGAUAUUCUUGCAGGCUCUUGAGCGUUUUAAACAGACUAGCGCGCCCCCUCAAAAACGUAUGGUCGAUGACACUGAGCGUCGACUGAACUUACUGUUUGAUGCUCUCAAUUGCGAGACUCUUUCACCCCCAGUUAUAGAACGGCUCAACGUUCUCUCAGAAACAAUGGCCGCUGGGGAUCGUCAGCACUCCCUUGCACUUCAUGCGGAAAUGCUAGCCCAGUGUUCUCGCACAGAUGACAUUGGGCUCUGGAUGUCCGCUAUCAAACAGCUCAUCAUGCGCGUAUAA